AAUCAAUAACAGCUGUAUAAAAUCCUCAGGCAACGGCCCCAGCGGGAUGGUGACGUCAUUCAUGCUGGCAGGAAACGUGCCCUACCUGAAGAGAGUGCCAGAAGACCUGCCCAUUGACGACAUGCUCAGAGCCAGAUUAUCAAACCUGCCAGAAGGACAGAAUUUAUACGAAACAGACUUACUGGAGCUGGCCGAAGGUCUGGAGGGAAGAAGCCAGAACCCCAUCCCUUUACUGAUGGACAACCUUCUGAGGCCAUGCGCUGACCUGGGCAUCCCAGCUGACCCUCUGAUCGAGUGGAAAUAUGACGUUGAGAAACAGAUCUCGCACAUAGUGCUGGGGCGGGGCCCGCCCGGCGGCGCGUGGCAUACCUUCCCGCCCGGAGUGCGGACGCUUUCACCCGGCGCGUGGUUGUCACUACCACCGUUAGCUGCCGCCGCGCCUGGGAGGCUGAGGGCGCGGGCUGUGGCCGAUUAUUGUAGGAGAUACGUACGAGUUUGUAGGCUACAGAGGUACUUCCGCAGCGGCGCGGUGGUGACGAGCGUGACGCGCGCGCCCCGGGUGGCUGCGCCGCGGUGCGUUGCGUCGUGCCCGCUGCAGGCCGGCUUCUGGGUCUCGGGCUUCGACGUGUGUGAAGGCCGUGCUUUCCGCUACUUAUGCCGGCGCGUGGUGGUGGCGUGCGGCGCCGGCGCCAGACCUAACUCACUACCACAUGCGACAGAUGCACUACACGCGCUCGCUGAUAUAGAGCAGGCGCUUACUGAGCUGGGAGACUGCGGCGGCACGCACACAGCGCUAGUGGUGGGUUCCGGCGCGAGCGCAGCGGACGCGGUGGGCGCGGCGCGCGCGCGCGGCGUGCGGGCGCUGCACGUGCACCGCGCGCCGCCCGCCGCGUUGGCUAGGCUGGACCCGCAGGAGUAUCCCGACUACUGCCAGGUCUACAAAAUGAUGUGCGACGGCUCCAAAGGCAACUACCCCAACUACAAGUCGUUCCCGGACCACGUGAUCAUCGACGUCACGCCCGAGGUCACCGACCCCGCCUGCGGACACGGCCUCAAGCGCGUGCGCCUCCUCGACCUGACCACAGACCACGUGACCGAGGUCACCGUCUCUCUCAUAGCGGUCCUCAUCGGAUCCAAACCAGACCUCUUCUUCCUCCAAACAAACUUCAACCUCAACUGCAUACAACAAGACGACUGCAUCAACUGCCUCCAAGAAAAACACGUCAAGAAAAAAAUGGACGACGAACGCAAGGAAUGCUUCCUCAAAAACCACUGGAUGAACUUCAAAAACGUAUUGGAACAAGGCAUCAAUAGCUGCAAAUCUAGGUACUUGAAUUAUUCCGAGAUAAACGGGAACACAGACACAAAAUGUGAACUGUCAGACUGCAACAGACGGCCGGAGAAGACGAGAUGCGCGUGCGAUAAGACUGAAGAAAUCAUUCCGGACAAUUGCGAGUGCCAGGCUAACCCGUAUUCGAGCGGGAUCGGUUUCGGUAUCGAUCCCAAGAAGCCUGUCGAUGGGAGAGCGAACCCAGUGGCCAUAGACAAGAGCACGCACGAGCUGCUAAACGGCCCCAAAGGUGUCUAUGCCCUCGGGCCGCUGACUGCGGACAAUUUCGUCCGCUUCAUCCCGGGCGGCGCCCUGGCACUAGUAGCGCACAUACACAAAGACAAGAAGUCAGCCGAGUGACUUGCCAUACCUAAAGUGAUUGUGAUUUCAAAUACUUAAUUGUUUUUUUACAAUAAAUUAUUUUUUAUACCCUAUACUUUGUUUCACUUGCAUUUUAAUUAAUCUUGCUUUUAAAAGACAUUAUAUCUUGCCAAUAGAGUAAAAAAAAUACAAUUAUAACUCAAAAGCAACAAGGAGAAUAAUCAAAUACACUCAUAGACAUCAAUGUAUAUUUUAAUUCCAUCAAAAUUGUAUAUUUAAACAACAUCAAAAGCUAAAAAGUAAUAUGGCAUUCUUAGAGUUAAUUCCUUAAAUACUAAAUGACUGUCGGUACAAGGUAGGUAGAUAGGUCAAAAAUAGUUUGUAUCUUUAAAUAUAAU